GUAUGAAGCUCUUCUACGACGGUAGCGUUGCUCACCCUGGUCUGGGUCAAGUUUGUAAGAUGCCCAAGGCACCUGGCGAUGUUCAAAAUUACGUAGGUGAUGCCGACUGGUUCAAGAUCUGGGAGUCGACCAUUUGUGAUGAGAAUGAGGACUUGACCAAGACUGCCUGGUGUACCUACCGUGCGUCGCAGGUUGAAUUUUAGAUUCCGAAGAAUGCCCCAGCUGGA